GUGUCGCCUUCUCUCGUCCUGUCUUGUUUUUUCCUCUUUCCUCUCCUCUGUUUUAUCUCCUGCUGGCUAAAAGGUUACAUCUGUGAGGUCGGUGAAGAGAAACAGUCCGUUUAUUUCCCACCUCGUCGGGGUGUGUUGGUGUCGGUGUGUGUGGAGAAAUGUAGGAAGUAACUGACUCUCCGACCUGGACGACUAGGACACGUUCCUCUUCAAUUUCUGUAAGAAGCUGUGAUUUAUAAGAGUAAUAACGACGCCGAAGUAUUUGGGAAAUCACUUUCUCGUUAUUUAAAACUCGACAUGAGCACUUUCUUGGCUCACCUUUUUUGGGAGUUCAGGUGAACUUUUUCUUUCCAAGUUGUGUGAUUGGAGUUCGUUAAGGCUUCCGGAGCUGCGGAAAUUUUCCCUUUCUGUUCGCUGUCAGCGAUAUUUCAGCUUUUAAAGAUGAAAUGAAGAGUUUUUCUCGACAGUGGAUGCCUGCAGAGAGUUAUGCUGAAGUUUGUCUCUGAGCAUCAGGAUGAGCACCACAGAUGGAGCAGGGGUCUCUGAACAGGAUGGAGAGGUCCAUGUUGUGCAGAUCUACCCCAGGCUGUCCCAGGACACCGCUACCUACUGUCCCGUACAGGUCAGCGCUGGGGACACGGCGAGUGCGGUCAUCCACAACGCCGUGGUCACUCUGGGCCUGGACUCUAGCCUGACGUACUGCUUGCUAGAGGCAAGGGAGAGUGGUGGAGAGGAGAGGCUGCUGGAGGCUGGGGACUGCCCCUUAGACCGAGUCCUGCUGUGGCCCCCAGAGACACAGAAGUGGCACCCUCCGAGCCACGGGUACUACUUCAUUCUGCAGGAGCAGCCGGCCAACAGUGGAGGAAAGCGAGUAGAAACCAUCAAAGAGGACUAUGAUGACCUCUGCAACCUCCCCACUGUGACCGAGGAGAGUGUUCUGGAAGCUUUACGUCAACGCUUCUACAAACACAAGAUCUACACCUAUGCCAGCAACAUCCUCAUAGCCAUCAAUCCCAAUAAGUUCCUACCCGUUUACUAUAAUCCAAAGUAUAUCAAGAUGUACGAGAACCAGCCACUGGGCAAACUAAGCCCUCAUAUAUUUGCCAUAGCAGAUGUGGCCUACCGUGCUAUGCUGAACAGGCAAAUUAACCAGUGCAUUGUGAUUUCUGGAGAGAGUGGCUCAGGAAAGACUGAAAGCAGCAGUUAUCUCAUUCACUGCCUGACUGGACUCAGCCAGAAGACAUACUCCAGCGGGCUGGAACGGACCAUCCUCGGGGCCGGUCCGGUGAUAGAGGCCUUUGGCAACGCCAAGACUACAGAGAAUAACAACUCCAGUCGCUUUGGGAAGUUUAUCCAGCUCAACUACCUGGAAAGUGGUGUCAUCAGAGGGGCAGUUAUUGAGAAGUACCUACUUGAAAAGAGCCGCCUGGUGUCUAGAGAGAAGAGUGGGAGGAACUACCAUGUGUUCUACUACCUGCUGAUGGGUGCGUCCAAAGAUGAAAAGGAGGAGCUUCAUCUGUUUAGGCCGCAGGAUUAUCUCUACCUCAACCAGGGAGAUGUUCAUUUAGAUGAUGACGAGGACCUUGGGCAGCAGUACAAGAGGCUCCAUCAAGCAAUGGAGAUGGUUGGCUUUCUGUCAUCCACUAAGAAACACAUAUUUUCCAUCCUCUCUGCUGUCCUGCUCUUGGGGAAUGUGACCUUCACACUGUCAGAGGACACUCAAGUCCUGGAGGCUGGACCUGCUGAAGUCUUGUCUACACUUUCAGACCUGUUGAAGGUGAAAAAUGAACUACUGGUGACGGCUUUGACCAAGAGGAGAGUAGUGACUGCCAACUCCACUGUAGUUUCACAGUACACACUACAAGAGGCUACUGCAAUGCGGGACUCCAUGGCCAAAUCUUUAUAUGGUGCUCUGUUUGACUGGAUCAUCCUUCACAUCAACCACGCACUACUCAACAGACGAGACAUGGAGGAGUCCAUCUCUUGUUUGUCCAUUGGUGUCUUGGAUAUGUUUGGGUUUGAGAACCUCCAGACAAACAGUUUUGAGCAGCUAUGCAUCAACUACAGCCAUGAAACACUGCAGUAUUACAUCAACCAGAACAUCUUCAAGCUUGAGCAAAAUGAUUACGUCUCUGAGGGCAUCAGCUGGCAAAACAUCGACUUCACUGACAACCUCAGUUGCAUUCAGCUGAUCAACAGCGAGUCAGUUGGACUUUUUGACCUGCUGGAUCAGGAAUGCAGCCUCCCUCAGGCCACAGAUGAAAACCUUAUGGACAAGUUAAAGCAGCAAUUUCAGGACAAUCCACUCUUUGUACCCUCUCAGAAUACAGAGCCAACUUUUGUCAUUCAACACUUUGCUGGGAGAGUUAAAUAUCACGUCAAGGAUUUCAGAAAGAAAAACACAGAGCACAUGCGUCCUGAAGUCGUAUCACUGCUCAGGAGCAGUGGGCGCUCAUUCCUACAUCACUUGGUUGCAUCCAGCCCAGAAGCUCUGUUUAGAUGGGGCGUCCUCCGAGCGACCAUACGCAUCCUCACAGUGUUCAAGAGCAUGGCACGCCAGCGGGCAGAAUUGAUAGCUGAAAGACGAAGCUCCCGCAAAUCUCUCAAAGACAUGAGACAGUGUAGCAGUCCUAUGGGCAGGCUAUCCAGCAAAAGCGAGCCUCUGGAUUUCUCCUUUGAUCGCUCUGAUGAACAUCCUAUUGAUAUAUUUGAGGACAUCUUUGUCUCUUAUGAAAAGAGAAAAAAAAGUAGAGGCGGACGACAGAAGCAGCUAAUUCCAAAGAACCUCAUGAAUUUGCAAUCGCUCCAACACAUCGUUGGUGUUACGGCACAUGACCGAACCAGCAAAUCCAUCUUCCACCCUCACCGGACAUCAAAGCUCCCAACAGUUAAUGCUCAGUUUCAGGCGUCACUCAGAAAUCUGAUGAAGACAAUUGAAAAAGCUGAGCCUUUCUUCAUUUUCUGUGUUCGAGCCAAUGCUGAAAAGAAAGAACUGCAGUUUGACGAUGAACUAGUGCUCAACCAAAUCAAGUAUACAGGCAUACUGCAGAUGAUUCACAUUCAAAAGUUUGGCUACAGUGCUAAAUACACAUUCAAGGAAUUUGUCAAGAAGUUUAGGAUGUUGCUUCCAAAAGGAACCACUGCAACUCCAGAGCACAUAACUGAACUGUUCGAGAGGAUGGAGUUGGAUAAGAGCACCUACCAAAUAGGAAAAACCAAGGUUUUCCUCAAGGAAAAGGAACGACAGCUGCUUCAAGAUACUCUUAACAAAGAAGUAAUGCGUCACAUCAUCAUCCUGCAGCGCUGGUUCCGCGCCUGUCUGAUACGGUCGCACUUUCUGGAAAAAAGAGACGCCUCUAUGAUCAUACAGAGGUGCUGGCGUGAGUUUUAUGUUAAACAAAACCGAGCUGCUACAGUGAUCCAGACAGCGUGGAGGAGUUCUCUGAAGAAGUCAAAGCACCCGGAUGAGGAGGAUGAAGACAAGUCCAAAGCCCGGCCUGGACGAGACAGUUUGGCAAAAAAGGAGUUGAAGAGGCAGCACAAAGUGGAACUCAGCCCCAGCAGGACCCAGCAGCCUGACCCAGGCAGGAGCAGGAGCAAGGAUAAACGAGAAGGCAGAGGAUCUCCUCCCCCACUCAACAGACCCCUCUCCCUCCCUCUGGACCCUAAAGUUAGCACUGACGAUUUCUCCAGCAGCCCUAAGAGCAGCUUGCUUCAGCGCUACCAAGAUGUAGGGGGCAUCAAGGAAAAGGCCAUAAGGUGGAGAGAACGACAGAGUGAAGGUGAACCAACAGACGAAUCAAGUCCUGAAAUACAGCGGCGAAGGGAUAAGAAGAAAGAUGACUUUUACCGGAAAGCAAAGUCCAUGUCUGCUGAUGAACUGUCCAAGAUCAGCUCAUCAGGCUCUGACAGCUCACCUUCUACCGCUGAGUUACCAGCAGAGCCUGAUGGCUCAAGGUUCAGCCUUCCACCCAGGACCAGUAAUGAGGGCUCAGGACAGCAGAGGUCUAGCCAAUCACAACUCACAACCCCUGAGAGGAUUUGGUUUCUCGGUAAAUUCCUGAAGAAACGAGCACCCAAGCUUCCCCCAAACAGUGACUCUGCUACAAGUAAAACAGUCACCUUGCCCAGUUACACUCCACCUCCUUACCACACAGCAAAUCAAAACAGUGGAAGGGCCAGUCGUAACCCCACGAUUCGAAUCAGCCGAGCUACACGGGCGUUACAGUGGGACGCAUCCCUGGACCGAGAGAUCACUGACCCCAAGGAGCUACGAAACCUUGACGAGUUCCUUGGGAAUCAGGUGAAUGAGCUGCGAACAAGAAUAAAAGAGCUGUCGGCAACAGAGAGCAUUUUCCUCACUGCCACCAUGGAGUUCCGAGAGACCAUCAAAGGCAUGUACUCUGUUCAGAAGCCCCAAAUUGGUUACAAAGAUUUGAUGAAGGGCUUCCAUAACAAAGUGAACACACUAGCGGGACCCAAGAAGAAGGGAGAAGUCUCACUGGUGGUGAACCUGUUCCAGUCUGUGCUAGAUGGCUUCAUUAGGGGGGAAAUAAAACGGGUGGAGUCUGAACCAGCCAAGGCUACUAAAACGACAAAGAAGAGGAGAAAAAGAAAAAAUCCUGACAGCCCUCUGGACCACCUGUUCAGCACAUACCAGGUGAACAUUAUGCAGUCAUGUGACUUGUGUGGUUCCUACAUCUGGGGAAUGGAGAAAGCCUACAUGUGCAGUGCUUGCAAGUUAAUAUGUCACAAGAAAUGCCUGAAACAAAUCAUAACAGAUUGCUCAACACGAUGUGCCAUGAAGGACGACAAUGUACCUGGCUCCCUUCACUUUGGGGUGCAGGUGUGCGUCCUCACCAGUAAAGCCAACCCUGUGCCCAAAGUGGUGGAGUUGUUGCUGAUGCAUGUGGAGCUAAACGGCCUCUACACUGAGGGUAUUUACCGCAAAUCAGGCUCAGCCUGUCGAGCAAGGGAGCUCCACCAGAUUCUGGAGACCAAUCCAGAGGGAGCAUGCUUGGAUAACUAUCCUAUCCACACUAUCUCAGGCCUUGUUAAACGCUGGCUCAGAGACCUGCCAGAUCCCCUCAUGACGUUUACCCUCUACAGUGACUUUCUGCAUGCCGUAGAGCUGCCAGAGAAAGCUGAGAAAAUAAGAGCUGUAUACAAAUUGAUUGAGGAGCUUCCUCCUGCUAAUUACAACACAUUGGAGCGGCUUAUCUUUCACCUUGUCAGGGUUGCAAAAGAAGAAGACCACAAUAAAAUGUCGCCGAGCUCUCUUGCUAUCGUGUUUGCCCCAUGCAUCCUGCGUUCACCUGAUGCUAAUGACCCCUUCCUUGGUAUGAAGGAUGUGUCCAAGACCACACUCUGUGUGGAAAUCCUGAUCUCUGAGCAGUUCAGGCGCUACAAAGAGAAGAUGCAGAAUAUUCAAGAACUGGAAUACGCAGAGGCCCUAGCUGUCAAUCAGCUCAAACUGAGGAGACAAAACACGGUUGUUGAAAAGCCUUCACAGCUGGAUGUUCCACAGCAAACACACUGUGAUGAAACGGAUAAACUCAUUGAAAGGAUCAAGUCCAUCAAACAAGAGAAAGUGGACUUGGCCUGCACCUUACCUAACCUGGAGCAGGAAAACUCUGACAAUGACAACCUAGACUCAUCAUCAUCGAUGAGCACAGAGAGCCUUGAAGACCGUCUGGGGAGCCUGGAAUCGGAAGCAGGGAAAGUGAAAGUGCAGUUGAAAACCCAGAGACCCAACUGCCCACAUAAACCUCCUGACCUGGCACAGCGAGUCAGAAAUCUAAUGGCUCUAUCAGACAAUGAACAGACAGAGCUCACAUCAGGACAAAACACAGAUGUUAUGCAAUCCAUGUGUUUCCUGCCCAACCAAGACGCCCCGGUCCCGGCCAGCAAGCCCCAAGACACCAGCAAGACUUUAAAUGGUAGCUUUGAUGACCUGGACAUCCCUUAUAUUGAUGAGGAUGAAGAUCCAAGCUGAGCAUAAAACCACAAGCUGUAAUAAUUUGAAUCUUCCCAAGUAUGUGCUAACAGAAGAAAAAAUAAUAUGCACUUUGUUUUACAGACUUUUCCAUUUGUCAGUGCUGCUAUGGAAAUAAAGUGCCUUGAGAAUUUCGAUGUAUUUAAUGGGAGUUUAUGCUGACCAUUCCUUCGGGUUUUUAUAGCAUAUCUGAAGAACUAUUUUUCAUCUUUAUAUCAAUAUACUACUUGUGAAUUUAAGCACGUUUUACUAUCUGUACAGUCAAGGUUUUAUAAAUUGCAGAUAUUGUCUUCUGUGUGAUGACCUCUGAAGAGGGAAAACAGGACAGCAUGAUGAGCAACAAUUGAGUGCAUGAGAGUCUCCUUUACUAAGGACAAUACUCCACCAUUGUGGCACUAAUGGGAGUUUAUUCUGUUUGUGGGGGGAAACUAUCUUUUAACUGUACCUUGUACUGAGAGUGAUUAUCCAUUGUAUAGAGGGUUUUCCUUUUAGUCUGUGCCUGAAUCCUUUCAGUUUUCUUCUGUUCUUUUUUCAGUUUCUUGUGGUAUUCAUAAAGCUGUGACUGAUGGCUGAUUUAGUAUACCCAUAAAGGAAAUGUUGCCUUUUAGAUUGACUGACUAUUUUUGUUAUUGCAGGCUGUUCAGCUUCACCCAGGAAGCUUCUUUGUAUACAUUCUUUUUUAGCAUUUUUAUGUGCAUGUCUAUAUAUAUUCUAGGAGGUUGGACUGAUGGAUAUUAUAGUUGGCAUUCCCAAAUCUGACUUACGUCACCAACUGAAAUAAAAGAACAAUUGGCAAGUGUCUCCUCCUGUAAUACUAAGAACAGUGACACAAAACGUCUUCACUUAAACCGUAGCUAUUGUAGCUACUGUUUCACAGCAACAAGUCUCUUGAUGCAUGGCAUGUUCUUGUCAGAACUUAGAAGUACUUCAGUAUCACUCUGACAAACACAAACUGCAUUUGAUUUGAGAAAAUCUAUAAAGUGAAGGAUGAAACAAAGAAGACAUACAAAAAGCCAAUUUAUGUGUUAGAAAUGUAAAAUGUAUGUCCAAUAGUAUAUAAUAUUGUUAAAAUACUGAUGCUUUUACAAUUUAAUUGACGGGUUUUCUCCAGUGUUUAAAUUUUGAAUGUUGGACUAUGGGAAACACAGAGUUUGUCACUAAAUUGUAAUAUAUGAUCUAAGUUAAAUGUAUUGCAUAAACAACCUUAGACUCAAAAUGAUCCAACAAAACAAACAUUUGAGACUACUAUAUGGUCAGAAAAGUGCCUAGAAAAACAGGCACUGCACUCACCCUGUGGCCAGUUUCCUACACAAGCUUAGUUUUUAAAAUUUCUUUUUUCAUUAUUUCCCAACCCAUCCUUUUCCCAGAACUCUGAAACAUUUUAUCCAUUCCAAAUAAAGUGGUGGAUUGAAAUAUUA